GAACUGAGUGAUUUGCCUCCCCGCCCCCUUCCCUGGGUGGCCGAGAGAUCGCGCUGGCUGGAAGGGCGCAGCCCCUCGCUCGGCGCUCACUCAGCAGUCAGGGAGGCGAGAAAGCGGCCCCCAAGGCGGAGCCUCCGUCCUGCCCCCGGGUAUCGCUGCCCCCACCUGGGGGAGAGAGGCGGGCGCCGCGCUGCCCUCCCUCUGCGCCCCCGCCGCGUGGCUUGCGGCUUAUUUUCCCAGCUGGCAAGCGUCGCGCUGCAGACAAGGGAAUGCCUGUGGUCCUGCGUGCUCCAGAGCUCGGGGGCCCCCUGAUCCCGUCAAGCCCCCUCCAGGAUCGGAAGGGUUAAGAAUGAUGAGGAAGAAGAGGAAGCGAGGAGCGUCCCCCAGUCCAUGCCGCAGCCACGGCCACGGCCACGAACCCGACACGGCGCCCGCGCCGCCGCCCUCGCCGGAGCCCACGAGACCUGCAUGGACGGGCAUGGGCUUGAGAGCAGCACCUUCCUGCGCCGCUGCCGCCGCCUCCGCUGCUGCCGCCGGGGCUGAGCAGCGCCGCCGCCCCCAGCUCUGCCCGCCGCCCCUGGCGUUGCUGCUGCUGCUACUGCUCAGCCUCGGGCUGCUCCACGCAGGUGACUGCCAACAGCCGGCCCAGUGUCGAAUCCAGAAAUGUACCACGGACUUUGUGGCCCUGACUUCGCACCUGAACUCUGCCAUUGACGGCUUUGACUCUGAGUUUUGCAAGGCUCUGCGUGCCUAUGCUGGCUGCACCCAGCGAACUUCAAAAGCCUGCCGUGGUAACCUGGUAUACCAUUCUGCUGUGUUGGGUAUCAGUGACCUCAUGAGCCAGAGGAAUUGUUCUAAGGACGGACCCACAUCCUCCACCAACCCUGAAGUGACCCAUGACCCUUGUAACUAUCACAGCCACGCAGGAGCCAGAGAACACGGGGGAGGGGAUCUGAACCCUCCUGGUUACCUUUUUUGUGGCUUGUUCGGAGAUCCUCACCUUAGAACUUUCAAGGAUCACUUUCAGACGUGCAAAGUGGAAGGAGCCUGGCCACUCAUAGAUAAUAAUUAUCUUUCAGUUCAAGUGACGAAUGUGCCUGUGGUCCCUGGAUCCAGUGCUACUGCUACAAAUAAAAUAACCAUCAUCUUCAAAGCUCACAAGGAGUGUACAGAUCAGAAAGUGUACCAAGCUGUGACCGAUGACCUGCCGGCUGCCUUUGUGGAUGGCAGCACCAGCGGCGGGGAUGGCGACACCAAGAGUCUGCUUAUCUUGGAGAGGGAGAGCGGCCGCUACGUGGAGAUGCACGCCCACUACAUAGGGACCACGGUCUUCGUGCGGCAGCUGGGUCGCUACCUGACGCUCGCCAUCCGCAUGCCUGAGGACCUGGCUAUGUCCUACGAGGAAAGUCAGGACCUGCAGCUGUGUGUCAACGGCUGCCCCCUGAGCGAGCGCAUCGACGACGGGCAGGGCCAGGUGUCUGCCAUCCUGGGGCACAGCGUGCCUCGCACCUCACUGGCACCGGCCUGGCCGGGCUACACACUGGAGGCUGCCAAUGCCCAGUGCCACGAGAAGAUGCCAGUGAAGGACAUCUAUUUCCAGUCCUGUGUCUUUGACCUGCUCACCACUGGUGAUGCCAACUUCACCGCCGCCGCCCACAGUGCCUUGGAGGAUGUGGAGGCGCUGCACCCGCGGAAGGAACGCUGGCACAUUUUCCCCAGCGGCAGCCAGGGGACGCCCCCCGGACGCAGCCACUGGGCUAUCAGCCUCGGACUCCCAUGCUUGAUCUUUGUUGUGUUUUUGUAGGGGUCGUCUUUUGUGUUUUUUGGGGUUUUUCUUUUUGUCUAUAACAGAAUUUUAAAAUAUAUAUUGUCAUAAUAUAUUGAGUAAAAGAGUAUAUAUGUAUAUACCAUGUAUAUGACAGGAUGUUUGUCCUGGGGCACCCACCAGAUUGUACAUACUGUGUUUGACUGUUUUCAUGUAUGUUGGAGGUAGUGUUCUUUGAUUGUACUGAUUUUGUUUUGCAGUUUUGUGAAAUAUUUUAUAAUGUCCCUGCCUGGGGACCUGUUAGAAAGCACUUUAUUUUUUAUAUAUUAAAUAUUUAUGUGUGUACCUGGUUAGUACGUAUAGUACAUAUACACAGACACCAUAUGCAGCGUUCCCUUCGAAGAUGCCCAGUGACAGUGGUGGUAGCUGUUUCUGGCCCUUCAAUCCUGCCUUUUCCCUUGGCUACUGAUCUGCCACCCUGGGUGUGCAGCUUUCACUCGCCGCCUUCUGGGGGAAGCUGCGUCCUUCCUGUGAGCUAGGGGGUGUCCUUAGCCGCCUCCUGCCCUCACGCGGUGUGGACGGACAGCCAAGUCCCAUGAUAGGCACUUUGGCUUUUGUGAAACAAUGCACAAAACGCAUCUCGAAGGAACCCUCACCCUCCUUCACCACUGUCACUUUCUCAGAGGGCAGGGAGAAUAUCACUACAGUUUUACGAACUAAGAUCUUGUGAUCUGAGCACUUACCGUAUGUGGGGUUGAGCCAGACAAAACUGCUGUUCCAAUAGGUCAGAACGGUCUAGAGGUAGCAAUUUCAUGGAUAAA